GUAAAAAACAUCCUAAAAAUGCUUUAUUGAACCAAAAAAAAAAAACAAAUCCAACCAAUAUUCUCUCUUCAACGUCUCCCCCCUACGGGCACGACAAUUGGGAACCGGCGACCGGAGAUUCCCAGGCGAAGUCGAGAUAUUGGCGGGGAACUCAUGGCGGAUUCCAUUUGUUAAUAUUAGUAUAAUGCUUAGGGAAAUUAUUCGAUUGAAUUGUUAGGGUUCUUUGAUUUAUCUUAAACCAGUAAAAUUGAUGAACACAGGCAGGCAAAGGUCCAUGAGCGGUGGGUGUCAGCAUGUAUUGGGUUACCUGAAGCGAAUGCACUUUGAGAAUCCUAAUUUUUAUUACGCGAUCCGGGGCGAUCAUGAUCGUUCGACUUCCAAUAUUUUCUGGAUUGAUGCUGCUUCCCGGAUUAACUAUAACUACUUUGGCGACACUAUAGUUUUUGAUACCUCGUAUUGUAGCAGUGACUAUAAAGUACCAUUUGCGACUUUUACGGGACUAAAUCAUCAUGGGCAGCCAGUACGUUUUGGUUGUGCUGUAAUGCUUGAUGAAUCGGAGGCUGCUUACAUUUGGUUGUUCCAGACAUGGCUUCACGCAGUGUCAGGGAAAAGCCCGGUGUCGAUCACAACAGAGCCUGCUAGGUUUGUGCAGAUGGCAGUAUCUCAAGUUUUGCCCAAUACCCGGCUUCGUUACUGCAAAUGGAGCAUGUUUAAAGAGACUCAAACUCAUUUGGGUCAUGUUUAUGAGUCACAUCCUACUUUUGAGGCAGAGUUCAGGAAGUGUGUUGAUGAGAGUGAGACAAUUGAGGAAUUUGAAUCUAGAUGGGGGACGCUUUUGGAACAGUAUUAUUUGAUGGAUGAUGAAUGGAUGCAGUCAGUCUAUGAUGCUCGGCGUAUGUGGGUGCCUGUUUACAUGCGAGACACCUUCUUUGGUGAGCACUGUGUUGAAGGAAAUGAGGGCAGAAAUAUAUAUUUUGACGGGUUUAUAACUGCUGAUACCACCUUACAAGUGCUGAUUCAAGAUUAUGAAAAAGCUGUUGGGUGUUGGCAUGAGAAGGAACUACGGGCAGAAGAUGAUACAAGUAACACGAUGCCUUUGUUGAAGACCCCAUCACCAAUGGAGAAACAGGCUGCAAAUGUGUACACCAGGAAAAUAUUCAUGAAGUUCCAAGAGGAGCUUGUUGAGACCCUGGUUAAUCCUGCAACAGAACUUGAGGAAUCAGGAGGAGUCACCAUGUUUCGUGUGGCUAAGUUUGGGGAAGAUCAUAGAGAUCGUAUUGUCACUUACAAUUCUUUAGAAACAAAAGCUAGUUGUAGCUGCCAAAUGUUUGAAUUCUCAGGUGUCAUUUGUAGGCACAUAUUAGCAGUUUUCAGAGCAAAAAACGUGCUUACUCUUCCUUCAGAAUACUUAUUGAAAAGAUGGACAAGAAAUGCCAAAAGUGGAGGUUCGUUGGAUGAACAUGCUAUGGAGGAACCAACCAAUUCACGAGAGUCUUUGACUAUUCGAUAUGACAACCUGCGGCAGGAUGCCGUUAAAUUUGUGGAAGAAGGUGCAAAAUCUAUUCAGGUUUACAAUGUAGCUAUGAAUGCUCUGGAGGAAGCUGCAAAGAAGGUUGCUGCUGUGAAGAAUCAAGGAGUUGCACAAGGUGGCUCUUUGGCGAAUGAUGACAAUCCAGUGGCAUCUUGCCUAUCUGCAGUAAGUUCGGAAGAGAAGUCUAAGAAAAUCCAAGAAUUGACAACUGAGUUGGAAAAUACAAACAAGCGGUGUGAGGUCUAUCGUGCAAACUUGCUAGCGGUUCUGAAAGAUAUGGAGGACCAGAAGUUGAAGCUUUCUGUCAAAGUCCACAAUGCAAGAUUCAGUUUGAAAGAGUGAGUUGCUGAAAAUGAAAAAGUCUAAGAUUGUGGUUUAACUUGGGGUGCUGUACAUGUCAGUCAUUUAAGAAUUAGGAUAUGCUAGACCUGAUCAUCAUGAGCCCGGCAUCCCGACCUGAAAAAUAGCGGGUUUUGGGACAGAAAUUUCGGGCCCAGAGUUUGGCACGGCACGGCCUGACAUAGCGGGGAGAAUUUUAAGUAGUGGCCUGUCCCGAACCCGGCCCUGCCCGCAAUUUGAUCAGGUCUAGGAUAUGCUUUCAAAGAAAUGGCAUACUUUUUGAGGGUAUUCUUCUGGCCUUGUGGGGCGCAUUCAUAUUCUGGACAAUGCAAGGUGCAGCGAUUUUCAGAGAGUAAUCAUCUAGCCGAGGGUUGUCAGGGGCCCGCAUUGGCCGAGUCCACCUGGUCCAGUCUGGGACCAACCAAGCUGAUGGGUGGGUCAUAUAUUCUCAUGGGCCUCAUGGGCCAGUCUUUAAAAUGCUGUCUGGUACGAACUGGCCCAUUCAAGGCCUGGGCCUCAAACACAUUGCCUGACACUGCUAUGAUCCAGUUGAUGUUGAUUCCCCCUAGACCGGCUAACUCCAGGAACCAUUUUUACAUCAGGCUCAUAUUGGUGGUUUCAGUUUAGAACAUUCAAGUUGCAAGUUGCAAACCGACUUGCUUAUACAAAGUUUCAAUCAUUAACAUUCUCUACUUUUUACAAGUGCAAGUUCAAGUUCAAGAAUCCACGUUAAAAUGUCUUUAGAGAAAUCGAGUAAUCCCGGAAAUCUUAAUCUAUACUAGGUAUACCAUUGAAAUGGUAUACUAAUAUUCUGUAUUUUUUAUUUAGUACCAAAUCACAUACUCCCUCCGUCCCGGAAUACUCGACCCGGUUUGACCGGCACAGAGUUUAAGGAACAUGAAUUGACUUAUUUAAUUUAAUAGUUAGUAGUUGAUAGUGGGGUAUUAUUUUAAUGUAGUUAGUGGGAGGUGGGUUAAGAGGUGGGGUUGGGGGAGAGUAGAGGUUGAAUUUUUAAUUAUUUUUUGUAUGGAGUAGGGGGUAGGUGGGUUAAUAGGGGUGGAGUGAGAAAUAAUAUAAUAUUGUUAGAAUAUUUCCAUUUUUAGAAACAGGUCAAGUAUUCCGGGACGGAGGGAGUAGUUUAGUACAAGAAAAGUAGUUGUAUUUUCUCAUGUGAUACCAAACAAUAUAGUUUGGUAACAUGGUUUCAUUUUUAUUUGGUUCCAAACAACAUAGUUUGGCACUCACAAAUCAAAGAUAAGUGUUAUUUUUCGUGGGAUAGACUCAAUU